GCCAGGGAUCCAACCUGAAACCUCAUGGUUCCUAGUCGGAUUCGUUUCCACUGUGCCACGAUGGGAAUUCCUGGAAAACAUUUUAAUUUAAAUGUCUUAUCAUGUUUCAUUUUGGCCUCCUCUUACGGUUGUGCUCAAUGUUAUGUUGUUUUUGUUAAUAUUCAAAUAAGAAUUAUAUGUGAAGAGGAAUAUUUUAAAGAAUAGCAUUCAGUUUGCAAAGGAAGGAGCACUGAACUGGGAGUCCGGGAACUUUAAAUCAGGUCGUAACUUUGCUCUUAACUUACUGUAUGACCUUGAGUGUGUAGGUCUCAUUUACAACUUAGGCUGAAAUAGGAAGACUAAACCAAGAGUUUCUUACAACUCUUUCUAUGUUUCUGAUAGUUUCAUUAUGAUUAGAACUUUGAGACAGAUACCUCAGAGGGUUUGAAUAUUGUGUUUUUCAUUCUAGAAUAUUUUCAGCUCUUAAUUGAUAGAAAAUAUAGGUAAAUUUUCUGAACGAACUUCAAGGGAAAAUAUACUUUUGUCUGCAUUUUAAAAUCUAAUUUUUGGAGUUUAGCCAUCAUGGCUCAGUGGUAACAAACCUGACUAGGAUCCAUGAGGAUGUGGGUUUGAUCCCUGGCCUUGCUCAGUGGGUUAAGGAUCCAGUGUUGCCAUGAGCUGCCGUGUAGGUCACAGACACAGCUCAGAUCUUGCGUGGCUGUGUCUGUGGUGUAGGCCAACAGCUGCAGCUCUGAUUCAACCCCUAGCCUGGGAACUUCCAUAUUCUGUGGGUGUAGCCCUAAAAAGCCAAAACAAAAAACAAACAAACAACAACAACAACAACAAUACUUUUUUACUUUUAUUUUGAGAAUAACAGGCUGUGAAAGUGACCAAUGAAGCUGGGCUGAGAAGAAUCUUUGAGAAAGAUGCUAGGGUGGCAGCUAAAGGGAGAUGGGGAUGUGAAAGAAGGUUUAAUAGGAUGAAAAUGAGUUGAGACUGUUUAUAGGUUCAGAAGAAUGAGUUGCUAGAACAGAAGAUACCCUCAGGAUGGGGAAAAUGGAUGAAGCAAGGUCCUAAGGUAAUGUGAGCAGAGUGGAUCCCAACUCUUAGUGAGGGGUUAACCUCCAACAGAGGAAGAAGUGAUUCAUCCCCUAACCCUGCAGAGAAGUCGAUGAGGUGGGUUUAGAAAGGGCUGUGUGUGUAGAUGAUGGGGCAGGUAGUGCAUACUUAAGGGAAGUGAGGUCAUCUGAAAGUGAUGGGGUGGUUUAUUUAAGAGAAUGGUGCAGUUUUGAGAGAGAAACAAAAGGGAGUGAGAGGAGGUGAGAAAGGCAACUAAAAGGAAUCUUAAAUGGGCUUAGAGCACAGGUGUGGGUGGAAUAGUGGCAAAAAUUUGUACUGUUGUAUAAUUUUCUCCAGUGGUAUCCAACUGCUGGCAGGUAGGUGGGUGGGGCACAAGAUGAGCUUCAGUAAAGGGAGCUAGUGGAGUUCAUUCAGAGGGGACCUCCUGGAGAAGAAAGGUGCAGGGGUAAAGAGGAGUUGAUAUGCCUUGGUGCAUUGAUCUUUUUACCUCCUCAGACAAUCUUAAAAUAUAAACACAAUGAUUGACAGUUUAAAGAGAGGGAAACAGAGGCUACAGGAAAUGAGAUGAUGCCUUGAAGUCAAGUGUUCUUGUCCCUACACCAUAUACUAUCAUUUAAGAGUUUUAACACUUUCCUCUUCAUUAUUGCCGACAAAAUUGUAUUGAGUCAUUCAGUGACUUACACGGAUGAGAACAUUUCUUGUAAGAAUAACAUAAAACUCAAAAGUAAACCUUCUUUGGUGAGUAGAUUUCAUUUUGCAGUAAAUGUCAAAUUUGUGGAAAAUCUAAAAGGAGAAACCCAGAUAUUUAUGACCACCAAUCUUUGACUUUCAGCACUGUGUCACAGUCUUUUGCUCUUUCUCUCUCUCAGCUGAAAAUCAAAAAAAAAAAAUUUUUUUUAAUCUUUGGUAAAGGUUGAUAGCCCUGUGCAAGUUGAGAUAUUAUUGCUGCAUUUCCAAAAUGUGGAUGCCAAACCUUUGGGGGUUGUGAUACACCCAGAUGGUCUUCAUUUUUUGCAUUUCUGCAAAUGUUAUUACCAAUACAACAAUUUUUCCUCCAAAGUCAUUAGAGCCCAUUUGGCACCUUCUCUAAUCUGUCCUACUUGUUACCUUUUAAUUACUUCGCGAGGGGAUCUUGUUGUCUUGUUGUUGCUGAGGGCCAAAUGACCAAGGGGUUAAUGGUUUUUCUGUCCCUGGCCAAUUGGUUUUUAGUCAGUAGUUAUUUAUGGGGAAGUCCAGGGGCCAUUAGUUUUCAAGUAUGUGCAGCUGUACUCUUCACAAUUACUAGUCCAUAAGCAAAUGUGGACUUACUUUUUGUGUACGAUUGUUUUUUUCCCUGAUCGGUUAGACAAUCUGUUGCCAUUUAUGAAUGAUUCUUAUUGAUUCAAAACAUGGCAUUGAGUUCUUUUGUAUUAUUUGGAUUCCAUGUUUCAGAGGAUGCUGUAAUCUGGAUUCAGACAAGCCACAAGGGUAUGUGCCUCCUGUCACGAGUGACAGAUUGCUCCUGUGGAGCAAAAAUGUCAAAUCUCACGCACCUCACUGUAGUGGUACCAUUCUCCAUAAAUCGGCAUAGGUGCUGAUGAACCUCAUUGUGAAAUCAGUGACCGGUUGGCCUUGGCCCUUUUUUUUUUGCUCAUGCUCUGUUCUCUUAGACAUAAGGUAGAGAUUACUAUUAAUGGUUCUUUCAGUUCCUAGGAGCUCCUCCCUCUGUGCUGUCUCACUGUGAUUUUUUUUUUUUUUUCUGCCCUCAUUGAAUGGUAGUCUUUGAUGUCACACAAGAGAAUACUGUUGGCUAACAGUCUGGAGACUGCUUCAUUUGAGCUAACCACCCCAUGAAAACAAAUGUGAUCCAUCAUAUUUCAUUAACUAGCUGUCCUCCUUUUGGGUGCCCUUUUUUGAUGUCGGAGUGCAUCCUGACAGGAAUCAGAAAGAUAUGUGUGAUUAAGAACAGUAAUAAUGCUUAUUGCAUUGUAUUGUAAAUUACCUUCCUGGGCCCUGCUACUUUAUCAGCCCCACUGGCAUUGGCUCCCGUACAUUUUUGACUACUCAGUAUAUACAGUGUAUUAGCGCAAUGGAGAUCAUUAUGUGGCCUGUAUUUGAGUCAUUUUUAUUUAAGAUGCCAAACAAUAAGCUGUUGAUUGGGGGAACAAGAGGCGAACAAUAAUGUUCUGUGUCACAUAAUACACCACCAUUUUCCAGCUUUGCUUUAGAAGGGCCCUCUUUAUUGUUUUUGUAUAAAAAUGGUUCUUAGGAGGAGGAAUAUUUUGCUGAGGUAUGUCAUUAUUUUGCAAAUUUCUAUUAUCUCAUCAUGUUGUCUUCAUUGUAAAUUGCAGCUAAUUAGGAACCUAGUUAGAGCCCCAGCUUUGAGGCUGGCUUUUUUGUGAAAAGAGCCCACCGAUUACUGCACUACAAGAGAGGAAGGGAGAGAAAAAGGAGAUUAAUCUGGUUACCUAGGCGACACUCGCUUCCAUCUGCGAGGAACAAUACAUUUUUGUUUCCUUGGCUCAGUUCAGAUCUGUUUUGUUUAGAGGGGGUGAAAAAGAGAGAGAGAGAGAAAGAGAGAGAGAGAAAGAGAGAGAAAGAGAGGGGGAGAGGGAGCCUAGCUCCACAACAAUGCUGAAUUCUGUCUAGCCCAGGCUUACAGACUUGAUUCCUCUGCAAGUGAGGGGUCUCAGGGGAGUGAGAAGAUGAAAGAGAUAAGCUCCAAAGUUGUCAAAGGUCAUGACCUUGCCACACAAAGCCAGCAGUUUUACCUCUAAAUCCCCUUCUCCCCAAAAGCACUUAAUGAAAUAAUAUACUGGGCUUCUCAACACCCCAUAGUCUAUAUUAAGGAACAAGGCCCUACGAUUGUGCAUUUAAGAAGUCAUUUUUAACUUCCUACUGAAUAAUCACUGACUCUAAGAAGCUACUUAUGGGUCCAGUUUUUGUCUUGGCAAGUUAACUUUGACUUCUCUACUUCUUUUCCAAGAAGCUUUCUCCAAACCUACCAUUUUAUUGUGGUGACACAUACUGUUUAAGUUAUGAUUUUACUUUCUGGUGAAUAAAAUGAACCUAUUGAAUCAACCCAAGAUUGAGGUUUAUUAACUACUCACUUCCAGUUGUUUUUGUUGUACAUCAAACUUUUAAGUCUUUAGAAUAGGAUGGCCAUUUAUUUUGUUGCCAGGCUGUUUGCUGCCUUUUAUACAGCCACCAGAGAAAGGGCUGAGAAUGGCAAGAAGCUGAAAGAGUCGGGCUAAAAGACUCGGAAAUCUCAGGGCUUCUUCAGGAGAAUUGGCUAAACCCACAGCCUCUGAUGAGCAUAAUGCUUUCGGCAUCAUGUUCUCACUGGUUGGUAUGCCAUCCUGCAUAAUGAGUAGUUAUCCAGGAAGGUUAUGUGUGAUGACAUACAGUUAAAGGAGGCUCCAAGAGAGGAAUGUUGGCUUAUCUGAGCUUUCCAGUCAUAAAAUGCAUUGAUUAAAUCAGAGCAACUGGCUUAUUUUAAAAUACCCUGCAGAAUCCUCACUUCACGCCCCUGAAUGUCUCCUCAUCAGACCUCUUUCCAAAAUACAUUCUUAAUAAAAGGAAAAGAAAUCUUUUCAUAACAACUACAAAUUACUAAUGGUUCUCCGAGUGCUGUAUACACUAAUAGACACUUCUCUUCAAAAGGGAUUACCCAUCUCUCUUGUCUUAUUUGCAAAUAGGAAACAGGUACCUACCCAAAUUAUUCUGUACUUAUCACUCAUUCAGCCCUCUAGAGCAUCUUAUUCCCAUUAUAGGAUUUGGGCAGCUCCAAAUGAUGCAUCUCAUGGGGUUUACGAGUCCAAGAAGACUAUGGAAAAAAUUUAAACUCAAGCAAUUCUAACUCAUUCUAAUAUCAAUAGAUUUUUAUGGAUAAAAACAAAAAAUCUUCUUAUCUCAAACUUAAGCCCAUUUUGAGAAAUGGUCCUCUUUUUUUGAGCCUUUGUGGGAGAUCAGUUCCAAUUUACCCAUGAGUACCUCAAAGAAGACAAGAUACAAUUUAGUUUACUAUGGCAGACCCUCAACAAGUCUUCUUCCAGUUACCUUUGACUCUUAUGAGGACAAAUUACUAAAGACCACAUUGUUAUUAAAUGCCGGAACAUCCUUCUGAAGUUUGUGAAACCAGUGAUACUUUUAGCAAUGGCAUGGGCUAAAUGUGCAGGUGUGUUUUGGAAAUCCACUCUUAAACAGACCGAUGAAAUAGUCUUUUGUUAUCAUAAAUUUAACCUUUUUUUUCCAUUAAAUUUGGGAAGCCUUUUUAAGCUUUGACAGGACAUGAUCUCAAUAUCAUUUUUUUUCAUGAAGAAUUUUAGUAAGUGAUAUAAUUAUGCAGAAAAGUAGUUGUAGCAAGUAAGUCAACACAGCUCCGAAGAGUUUUCUUUAUAGAAAGUGUUUCAGCUUUAAGGAUCAGUUGCUAGAAGGACUCCUAUGUCCUUUCUUCAUUGUCUGCAGAGUCAGGCCAUCCAAUGCCUGUUCUUAGCUUACCAGAGUCACAUAUAGCACCUAAUCUCUUUCUAAAGGCUUUGAUUAUAUGCUAAGAAGGUAAAGAAAAUGAGAAAACUAUUUGGUACAUGCAGAAACUUAUUUUUCUUCACAUUGGAAAAGACAGGGUUUUUUUUAAAUCACAAAAUGUGUUAAUCUAGCAUGGGAAUGUGGUUAUCACCAGAUGAGAUGCCAGUAGCUUACUUAGGUACCAGUAUGACUGGUGUUAAUAGACAGUAAGGGAGGGUGCAUUUACCUGGUGGAUUUAGGAAGGUGUUGGUAGUUCUCCAAUGCCUAAGUGCCUCUUGUCUUCAAUACUGACUUAAUGUUGCUCACUUCAAGAUCUUAGGUUCCCCUCUUAGGAAGUAGCUUCUAAUAUUCUGCCCUGAAAAAGUGGUUCAAAAAGGAUGCAGAGGAAAGAGUGCCACCUGCUGAUUUCUCAUCCUAAAGCAGUUCUGAUUUCCUUGGAGGAUUCUCCGACAAGAUCUAGUCAUGCCUGAUACUAUUUAUUAAGUCAUAAAUGACAAACACAAAGGCUACAGUUGUGCAGCUACAGUUUUGUGUGUUAUAAGGUAGAUUAAAAGUGAUUCCAAGAUUGAUUUCAAAAUAUUUUCAUUCAGUUCAGCAUUCUCUACUUCAUAUGGUGGCAGGUUUCAAAAAGUUCGAAUCCGUCCUUUCACCAGUUUUUCACAUUUUUCUUAUUAGUUGCAAUAGAAAAGUGAUUUCCUCUUUGUGUGAAGUUUCCUUGUCCUGAAUUUCUUGCGGACUCUUCUCAGAAUUUAAAAACAUGUCAUAAAAGCCACUUUGUGAUGUUGUCUUGGAAGUUGCUCUCAUGAAUGUGAUUUUUUUUCCUCAUUCUGUCUUUCAAGGGAACAUGCUUCUUUCUAGUUACCUGUGACACUAGGGGAGAAAAUUACUUAAAGUAAAAUUAAAAUAUAUAUUAACUUGUCCCCUAAAUGGCCCAUUUGCAAAUUAAGAUUGUAGGAAUUCAUCAUUUCUGUUUUUCCUGCUGAACUUUGCAAUUCAGAGAAAUUUCAUAUGUUUUAAGAUAAUUAUUAAUAUGUAAUUACUUACAAAAUAUUAGGAAGUUAGAAGUAAUGUGUGUCUAAGAAAGACAGGAAUCUCUAGCUGAUGAAUACAAAUUGAAGUAAGCCCAAGGAACAAUUUCCAACUGAGUGUGUGAUUCUGACAUCAGAUAUAUCAGUGUAAUUUUUUUUUUUGCCACACCCCUGUCUUCAAUUAUUAGGGGAAAACACUGUUUUUCUUAGUCAAAUGGCAGAGAGAAUGUUCCAUACUAAUAUCCAUUUAGAAAAAAAAACUUUCAAUUAAUUAUAAUUUUGAAAGUUGACCAAAAUAAUGGGUGGGCUGAUGCAUGCUUUUCUAAAGUGAAACUCAUCACCUAUGGCAGUUUAUUUAUCCUGAAUUGCUAUUUUAGAAGAGUUACCAUUAACCUGUGUCUCCAGUGCUAAGGUGAUUUCAUCUCUAAUCAACUCAGGCAUGAAUCAGGUUGCAGGCACAGCAAGAAGAAUGAGCAACAAAGGAGUUGUUACCACAAAGGAACAACUCGAAAAAUGGUCCGAAGCUGUCAAUAUCUCUUCCUACUCUACAAAAGAAAAGUUAACCAAAAAAGAUGGAAUCUUUUGGAGAAAUAAAAAAGGAAGAGAUAAUUGAUGGAAAGAAAAAAAUAAGAAAAAUUUAGUCACAGAGUGUUUCCUUAUAAUGGUAGUCAAAUAAAACAUAUUUUCCACUCCUUAGAAGACAGGAAGCUGUUAUCAUGCCAUUGACAUGAGUGACCAUGGUGGCCAUUUAUAUUUAGGCAUGUGUGAAAUAUGGGCAUGUGCAUGUACACAUGUGCAUUUUAAGGAACACUGUUUUCUAUUUUUGAAUUUGCAUAAUUUCUGUAGACAUUUUGCAAAUAAGCAGCCCUGCCAAUGUAUAAGUAACCCUACCAUAUCAUACACAGUUUUCUAAACAGAACUCCUUAUUGCUGUAUCACUGUUAAUGGUUUCUCUACUUAUAACAUCUAUUUACUUUUUAAACAAGAAAAAAAAUAGUAAUUAUAUAUGAUUUGGAAUUUAGUCCAUUGAUAUAUUUGGCAUCAAAAUGCUAUUAGUAUUUUAGAACAUUUUUCUAAUUUCUAAAGAAAUAUUCUCCAAGAAAUUCACAGCCACUGAUACUAAUGGCAGUCUUUAGAUAAGGCACAAGUUCUCUUCCUUUUUCCUGGGUGCUGGUUGUUAAUCCUUUGGUUUAACUUGUACUAACUAUUAAAGCGAAGGGGCUUCUGCCUCCUUUUCUGUCCCUAUCUAUAGCAUUUUUUCUGAGGAAUCACACCUCGUAGGAUGCAAUUUAAUUUCAUCACUGCUGGUUACUUCUUUCUUGUAUUUCUCCCCAAACACCCACUCAUUCAUCUGUUUUGCACAUAUUUAUUAGGUCCUGUAUGUGCUGGCAUUGUUCCAGGGACAUAUCUUGGGAUACAUCAUGUAUUCAGGAAUACAAAACCAGCAAAGACAACUGCCCCUAUGGAACUACAUUCUAGCAGGGAGAGAGAUCAAAAAGUAAUAAGCAUACCUUGACUCUGAAGACUUUGACAAAGGCAGAUGUCUUCCAAGCGACCAGCCUCUCCGUAUGGGGAAGCAGAUGGAGAGGUAGCCAUGGUGACAAGCAGACAGAAAGUGGAAGAAGAGGAGAGUGACGGGCUCCCAGCCUUUCACCUUCCCUUGCAUGUGAGUUUUCCCAACAAGCCUCACUCUGAGGAAUUUCAGCCAGUUUCUCUGCUGACGCAAGAGACUUGUGGCCAUAGGACUCCCACUUCUCAGCACAAUACAAUGGAAGUUGAUGGCAAUAAAGUUAUGUCUUCAUUUGCCCCACACAACUCAUCUACCUCACCUCAGAAGGCAGAAGAAGGUGGGCGACAGAGUGGCGAGUCCUUGUCCAGUACAGCCCUGGGAACUCCUGAACGGCGCAAAGGCAGCUUAGCUGAUGUUGUUGACACCUUGAAGCAGAGGAAAAUGGAAGAGCUCAUCAAAAAUGAGCCAGAAGAAACCCCCAGUAUUGAAAAGCUACUCUCAAAGGACUGGAAAGACAAGCUUCUUGCAAUGGGAUCAGGGAACUUUGGUGAAAUAAAAGGGACUCCCGAAAGCCUGGCUGAGAAGGAGAGGCAGCUCAUGGGUAUGAUCAAUCAGUUAACCAGUCUGCGAGAGCAGCUGUUGGCUGCCCACGAUGAGCAGAAGAAACUGGCUGCAUCUCAGAUUGAGAAACAGCGUCAGCAAAUGGAGCUGGCCAAGCAGCAGCAAGAACAGAUCGCGAGACAACAGCAGCAGCUUCUGCAGCAACAACACAAAAUCAAUUUGCUUCAGCAACAGAUCCAGCAGGUUCAAGGUCAGCUGCCGCCAUUAAUGAUUCCUGUAUUCCCUCCUGAUCAACGGACACUGGCUGCAGCUGCCCAACAAGGAUUCCUCCUUCCUCCAGGCUUCAGCUAUAAGGCUGGAUGUAGUGACCCUUACCCUGUUCAGCUGAUCCCAACUACCAUGGCAGCUGCUGCCGCAGCAACACCAGGCUUAGGCCCACUCCAACUGCAGCAGUUAUAUGCUGCCCAGCUAGCUGCAAUGCAGGUAUCUCCAGGAGGAAAGCUCCCAGGCAUACCCCAAGGCAACCUUGGUGCUGCUGUAUCUCCUACCAGCAUUCACACAGACAAGAGCACAAACAGCCCACCACCCAAAAGCAAGGAUGAAGUGGCACAGCCACUGAACCUAUCAGCUAAACCCAAGACCUCUGAUGGCAAAUCACCCACAUCACCCACCUCUCCCCAUAUGCCAGCUCUGAGAAUAAACAGUGGGGCAGGCCCCCUCAAAGCCUCUGUCCCAGCAUCAUUAGCUAGUCCAUCAGCCAGAGUUAGCACAAUAGGUUAUUUAAAUGACCAUGAUGCUGUCACCAAGGCAAUCCAGGAAGCUCGGCAGAUGAAGGAGCAGCUUCGACGGGAACAACAGGUGCUUGAUGGGAAGGUGGCUGUUGUGAAUAGUCUAGGUCUCAAUAACUGCCGGACAGAAAAGGAAAAAACAACACUGGAGAGUCUGACUCAGCAACUGGCAGUUAAACAGAAUGAAGAAGGAAAAUUUAGCCAUGCCAUGAUGGAUUUCAAUAUGAGUGGAGAUUCCGAUGGAAGUGCUGGAGUCUCAGAAUCAAGAAUUUAUAGAGAAUCCAGAGGGCGUGGUAGCAAUGAACCCCACAUAAAGCGUCCAAUGAAUGCCUUCAUGGUGUGGGCUAAAGAUGAACGAAGGAAAAUCCUUCAAGCCUUUCCCGACAUGCACAACUCCAACAUCAGCAAGAUACUGGGAUCUCGCUGGAAAGCUAUGACAAACCUAGAGAAACAGCCAUAUUACGAGGAGCAAGCCCGUCUCAGCAAACAGCACCUGGAGAAGUACCCCGACUACAAAUACAAGCCCAGGCCGAAGCGCACCUGCCUGGUAGAUGGCAAGAAGCUGCGCAUCGGCGAGUACAAGGCCAUCAUGCGGAACAGGCGGCAGGAGAUGAGGCAGUACUUCAACGUUGGGCAACAAGCACAGAUCCCCAUCGCCACUGCUGGCGUUGUGUACCCUGGAGCCAUCGCCAUGGCGGGAAUGCCCUCCCCUCACCUGCCCUCGGAGCACUCAAGCGUGUCCAGCAGCCCGGAGCCUGGGAUGCCUGUUAUCCAGAGCACUUACGGUGUGAAAGGAGAGGAGCCACACAUCAAAGAAGAGAUCCAGGCUGAGGACAUCAACGGAGAAAUUUAUGAUGAGUACGAUGAGGAGGAAGACGAUCCAGAUGUAGAUUAUGGGAGUGACAGUGAAAACCAUAUUGCAGGACAAGCCAACUGAUAAGGGUCAAAAGAUGGUCAUGACCUUAGGACUUAAAGAAGCCCUAGCUGGUUCAUCCUUACCAGUGGCCAAGCACAUUAACUUUCUCAUACACUGACUGUUACUUUAACUGUUAGUCUUAAAUAGUUGGGACAUCAGCUGACUAAUAGACCUCAGCCUCAAAAGGCUCGGAAAGGAAAUCAAAAUACAACAAGCAAACAACAAUAUCAACAACAAGAGAUUGAAAUAAGCUAUGGGUAAAUAUAAUGCCAGUAAUUCAGCUGCUACAUCCAAGCACUGAAGUCUUACCCGUCAACUUUUUUUUUUAAUAAACUUUAUGGCUGUUUGUUCUACAAUGUUCUAGAAAUUCUCACUCAGGUACACAGUGCCAACAAGUGGCUUGUGAAUGUGUUUUGUUGUUUUGUGCUACAAUUUUUAAAAAGAAAUAAGUUUUGUUUUUUGGGGUUUCUGGGUGUUUUCCUUUUCUUUCUUUUCCUUUCCUUUUUUUUUUUUUUUUUUUUUUUUUUUUUUUUUUUUUGGUAAUGCACCUGACAGAAAAAAAAGAAAGAUGAAUUUCUCUUUACUUCUCUCCACCUUUUCCAUCUCUAUACUUUAAAGAUGGAAGUCUGUGCAUGGGGGGGAAGAGGGAAAAAGAGCCUGUUUUUAACUUCCUUGCUAUCCACCACAAAAUAAGCAAUCCUUUUCUUUAGAGGACUUUCUUUAUCUAUUGCACACCACACUACAUCUUUGAGCAAGUGCCAAAUUUGUACCGAAGUAUUGACCCAGUUGAUUUUUUUUCCCCUUCCUUUCUCCUGUUCCUUCUUAAAUUAGGACAGUGUUAUAUCUUAGACAAUCCCUUGAAAAAACCUGAAAUACCAGCAGCUGGUGAGAUUUGACUUUUUUUUUUUUUAAUGGAAACUGUAGGUGCUGUUCUCAGGUGAAAAGAGAGAGAGAGAGAGACAUAAGAAAUUUAGAGAAAAAAAUAUUUUCUGAUCUUGGAUUUUUGUGUGUAUGUAUGUGUGUGAUUAUGGUACUAAUAGGAAUAACGUUGGACCAUUGUGAGUUAAACCCACAUCUGGGGAUGAAAUCCCACAUCCUCCUAAGUGACUGGUCUGGAAGCAACCUUGACCUUGACUUUGCACUUCAAAUGACAACUUAACCAAUAUAGGGCUCAGAAAUUGUAUUUUUAAAUUACUAAUAUGAUUAUUAUUGGAUGGAUCAGGUGGCCCUGUGUAAUAGAGGGGUGCAUGUAUAACAUGGAAGCUACUAGCAAACUGCUCCCAGAUGUCCCUUCUCCCUGCUCAGUUGGUUCCACUAACAUUUGCUACUUAAUAAUUUCUGUUUGUCUUUCCUGUUGAUAACUUCGAGCAAAACAAUCAUUGUUUUCCUUGAAUACAUUUGCCAAUUUUCCAGAAAUACAGAAUUUGUGUAUUUCUUCAACAUUCCAUCCUUUCCUGAUGAGGAAAUGGAACUGAUAAUUUUCAAAGGUAUUCUUCAUCUCUCCAUGAAAUGAGGGGGAGGCCAUUUGCAUUUCAGAAUUGUGGGCCAUGUACAUCUCGUGCCGUAAAAAGCAGGAUUUGAUUAAAAUCACGGCAGCCCAACACGACGGAACCUGGCUGAACCCAGCAAUCCCUGCACCGCUCUUUUCUUGCUGUAAGAUGAAGCCACUGAAGUCCGGUUUUUCAUUCCAGCAGAGGAUGUGCUCAGAGCAACAACUGAUGGUGACGGGGCUGCUUAGUUAGACUUCACCAGCCAAGUGCCAGGGCAGUCGUAGGGCUCGUACAAACAAACGCGACAUCAUUUAAAGUCAACCAGCACUGUUUGUGCGGAAGCAUCAGACAGUAAAUACUCCCACCAGUAGCUUGGAUGUGCUAUGGUUCCAGUCAUCAUUUUCCUAUCCCACCCCCCCCCCCAAAAAAAUGACCUAAAGUUUGAUUUUUACAUAUAAAUAAGAAAAAAAUACUUUUUAUUUUUCUCUCUCUCAAAAGACUUGCUCUGGGGUUUUGCUUGGAGGAACUAAUCAUAUCCUGCAUGUCAGAGAUUUUGUUUUUGUUUGUUUUUCUGUUUGUUUUUGAUGACUGUAUUUUCAUUUGAACUGCCUCUUUUUGCUAGUGUUGUAAUAAUGAUGAUGAUAAAAUAAUAAUAAUAAUAAUAGUAAUAAUAAUAAUAAUGGUCAGCUGUUCCCAGAUUAGUAAGUUAUGUAUAAUUUAUUUCUCCCUUUCUAUUUUAUUCUGCUCUGAUUUGGAAGUGCAGCCAAUAAGUUGUUAGAUAUUUAAAACAAAUUUCCAUCUCCAACAUAUAUAUAUGUAUACAUAUGUAUACAUACAUAUAUAUGUACACACACACAUGCACACACAUACACAAUGUCAUUUCUCCUUCCAUAAGUUUUAUCCUUUCAAAAAAUUUGGCCCCAACAAUGUCAAGUUCUGGUAUUUAAUACAUAUGAGUGAAUUAAUAGGAGGGUCGUGUUCAAUCUUAAUUAACUUAUGCUCUCAUCACUCAUUUUAGUUAUUUAAUUGCCACAGUCAUCUAGAGCCAAUUUUUUUGUUUUUGUUUGUUUUGUUUUUAAGCACUCUGGAUAAAAAAAAAUAGACACUUGUUUUUAUAUGGUUAUUAUGUACAAUGUGAAAACAGAUUUUUAAAAAUUUGUUCUGUCUUUGUUAACAAAUUUUUUCUGACUUCUGUGGGUUCACCUCUCACGUUUGCUGGAUACUUAUUUCCACCAUGUUAUAAAGAUGCUUUGUUUUCAUUUCAUGACUUUGGGCUACAAGAAUACUUUGUUUUAGCUCCAGGUAGAAGCCACUGAGGGCAUUUACGGCUGAAACCAAUUCUAAUCCAUUUACCAGAGAAUUGACAAAACCCUCUGUUUGGCCUUUUUGUUUGUUUGUUUUAUUUGAAGGGGAAAAUGCAAUUGUUAGUGGUGACCUGUAACUGCUGAAAUUCAGAAAUUUAUUUUCAUUUUACUUAGGUUUACAUCAGAGAGACUAAACUGCGUGGACUGAAACAGAAAUCAAGUCUAUAGCCCUGUAUUACCUUGUCUUCUUCUGACAUCUAAUUCACUGGGUGUCACGAUUUUUUUUUUUUUGCCUUAAUUUUCCCCAAAAGAAAACAAAAAAUCACAUUAAUGUUUAAAGUGCUUUGAAGUCAUUUGAUAAAAGGUGCUCUGAAUGGCAGCCUAUUGGGUUAGCACAUUGCCUUUUUGGCAUUUGAUUGGCUUAUAAUUUUAUAAAGGAUCCUAAAACCUUGUAUUCUUUUGUUGGGCCCCAUGAUGACCAAAAAAGGAUAAAGGAGAGGAAAUGAAAGUCAGAUCAACUCAAAUGAACAGAAAGCUUCCCUCCUCUCCUCUUUCCUACCUUCCUGUUUGCAUUUCACAUUCCUUUCUCUCUCUCUCUCUCUCUCUCUCUUUCUUUCUUUCUCUCUCUCUCUCACACACACACAGACACACACACACACACACACGCACACACAAGCUCACCCCAGUACUGAAUACUUGCCAGAAUUCUGUUUCUUAUGGCCGUUUUGAUCAGUUCUUCUAAAAAUAGUCAUGUUUUAAUAUGAAUCUAAGAGACUGUCACUGGAGAAAAUAGGCUAAAGUUACUCACUUAUCAGUUACUAGUAAUUUGGCUAGUUACUGCAAUGAAUAAAAUACACGGUGGUUCUUCAGUACACUUAUACCUAAACUAGUUAAGUCAAUUUUUAACGUUUAUUUGGCAUCUGCAGUUGAGUUAACCAUGUAUAAAAAUCCCUCCUUCCAAAGACUAUAGUCAUUAUUGACACCAAAUCCUCUUAUAAGGAACAAAUGCAAAAGAAUUUCUUUGGUGAAAUGAUUUUGUAGAUUUGAUUUUGGAAUAGACUUUUUAACCUUCAUUCACUUAAAGAAAAUUAUCAACUCUUUUAUGGUCCAGUUUCAGAUAUUUUCUUAAUCCAGAAGAUGUGACUGUUCCCAGAAGAAACUUCUUAUGCCACAUUUAAAACAUCAAAAAUAGUUACGUUUUCAUUCAUUCUAAUGGGUAAAUUAUUUGAAUUGUAAUAACUGUAUAUCUACAAACAGGUUUAUAAAAUAUUUGUCUAUCAAGUUAAUAGUAAAAAAAUGAUGGCGUCUGCAAGGAAAAAUAUGAAGCCCACUUAAAGUGGUUCAGAGAUUUCUUUUGUCUUCUAGGGCAAUAGGUUUUUGUUUAGACAGGCUUUUUCAGUAUUUAAUUUUAAAGUUUCCUAUAACUGUCAGUUUCCCAGGUUGAAGAUGACGUUGAGUUUUCUACUGAUCGAUGCUUGUCCUCCCCAGUGUUUCUGUCACUGGCUCACUAAAACAGUAUUUAUAUAGCUCCACUGGCUUUAAAGCUCUUAGUCCUUCUAACAUUUGGGAUUUUACAAGGAAAAAUGGGAAAAAGUAGAAAAGAGACAAUCAAAUGCCUGGAGCUUAAAACAAAGUAUGUGCAACCUACCAUCUCACUUGAAAUUUAAUAAAAUAAAUAAUUAUGUAAAUAUAACAUAGAGUUAUAGAUUUAUAUUUUGUUCAUAACACAUAGUGUAAUAUAAGUUGUAUAUUUUCAUGUUUUUGGUUUUAUGUUAUCAUUCAUGCCACAAUAAAAAAUAAAACAGGAGUUUAUGUACUCUUAAAAAAAAAAGAUGUGGGUUGCCACCAACCUGUUUUUUUUUUCUUUUUUUUUUUUUUGAUUUUGUUUUUUGUUUUUGCAUUCUCUUUUUUCAGUAUUACUGCCAUGCAAGGCACCAAUAAAAACAGCAAAUGUGUUCUUUACCUAUUAUACUGUGUUUCUUUCCACAAUUCUUGGUAUGGAAGUUUAAUCAUUAGUUUUCUUACAAGAAGUAUGAAAAACUAUUUCGUUUUCAAUAUAAAUAACCCCACUUCCUGAAGUUGACUUUGGACUGAGUGUUUAAAUCUUAGAGGUGGACAUUCAAGAAAGCCUAGUUAUAAUGUGGCUCCUCUGAGAACUUCACUACAAUGUCAAAGGGUAUCCUUCUUAAUAUAAUUGUCUAGUACAUCCCACAGCCUGAAGCACCCUUAAUGCGGUUUUACAAAGCUUUACACUAUCACUGCAGCGGGGUUUCUACACUUUAGAAUUGAAUUUCAUUCUGUUGUUUGUGCAGAAAAAUUCUAAAUUUCAAAUUAUGAAUUUACUAAGAAUUAGAUGUAAUUUUAACUUUUCUAAUGGAUAUUUUUAAGUUCUUUAAUAUUUUGACAUUUAACCUCUGGAUUCUACUUUCAACUUUUUAAGCAAAUGUUGCAACAAGCAGUCUCCUUUCCCAGAAUUCCCAUCAUGGCCCAGCAGAAACGGAUCUGACUAGUAUCCAUGAAGAUGCAGGUUCGAUCCCUGGCCUUGCUCAGUGGGUUAAGGAUCCUGGCAUUUCUGUGAGCUGUGGUGUAGGCCAGCGGCUAUAGCUCCAAUUCGACCCCCAGCCUGGGAACCUUCAGAUACCACAGGUGUGGCCCUAAAAAG